GCAGCGGAAGCGGAUGAGGGAAGCGCGGCCGCGGCCCGGGGGGCGGCGCAGAGCUGCAGCAGCCUCGGGCUCCUCCCGGCCCCCAGCGCGGUCCUCAUGCGGCGCCCUCGCUGACGCCUGAAAUCCGCCGCUCGCCAUCCUCCUGGGGAUCACUGGCUUGCCUGGCCCGCCGCUCUUUGCGGUUGACGUCGUCGUGGUGCGGGCCUGAGGCGGCUGCCCAUGGAGAAGGCGGGGCGGGGCGGCGAUGGCGCCACUCGGGGGCCCGUACUGCACAUCGUGGUGGUCGGCUUUCACCACAAGAAGGGCUGCCAGGUUGAAUUCUCUUACCCACCCCUGAUUCCAGGAGAUGGACACGACAGUCACACUUUACCAGAAGAAUGGAAGUAUUUGCCCUUCCUUGCCUUACCAGAUGGCGCACACAACUACCAAGAAGAUACUGUGUUUUUUCACUUGCCACCCAGAAAUGGAAAUGGAGCCACUGUAUAUGGUAUCUCUUGCUAUCGACAAAUUGAAGCCAAGGCAUUGAAAGUACGGCAAGCAGAUGUCACCAGAGAGACCGUUCAGAAAAGUGUCUGUGUUCUAAGCAAGCUGCCUCUUUAUGGCUUACUUCAAGCAAAACUUCAGCUUAUUACACAUGCAUAUUUUGAAGAGAAGGAUUUUUCCCAAAUUUCCAUUCUAAAGGAGCUCUAUGAACAUAUGAAUAGUUCCCUCGGAGGAACUUCAUUAGAAGGAUCCCAGGUGUAUCUUGGUCUGUCUCCUCGAGAUCUUGUGCUUCAUUUUCGACACAAGGUCCUAAUCCUGUUUAAACUGAUUCUUCUUGAAAAAAAGGUUCUCUUUUAUAUUUCUCCAGUGAAUAAAUUGGUGGGUGCCCUGAUGACUGUAUUAUCCCUUUUUCCAGGCAUGAUUGAACAUGGUCUCAGUGACUGUUCUCAGUAUAGACCCCGAAAGAGUAUGUCUGAAGAUGCUGGGCUUCAAGAAAGUAAUCCCCCUGCAGAUGAUUCUGUUUCAAUGCCUGACAUUUCAAAUACCAACUUGGGAACUGUCAAGAAAAUCAUGACGGAAAACCACCAAGGAGAUGCUGCCAUCAAGACUGAAGAACCUUUGUUCCAGGUAGAAGAUGACAGCAGUGAAGGACAGGAACCCAAUGAUACCAAUCAAUAUUUGAAACCUCCUUCUCGCCCAUCUCCAGAGUCUUCAGAAAGUGACUGGGAGACCUUGGAUCCUAGUGUCUUAGAGGACUCCUCCUUGAAGGAAAGAGAACAGGUGGAGUCAGAACAGACAAACUCAUUUCCAAAGGAAUCUUUGCCCUCAGACAGUCCUCCGAUUACUGUUCAACCUCAAGCGAAUAUGGGCCAGGUCGUCCUGAUACCAGGGCUAAUUUCCGGGUUGGAAGAGGACCAGUAUGGCAUGCCCUUGGCCAUCUUCACAAAGGGAUAUCUGUGCUUGCCUUACAUGGCACUGCAGCAGCAUCAUCUUCUCUCUGAUGUCACCGUCCGGGGAUUUGUUGCUGGAGCUACUAACAUCCUUUUUCGACAACAGAAACACCUCAGCGAUGCCAUUGUGGAAGUAGAAGAAGCUGUGAUCCAGAUCCAUGAUCCAGAACUCAGGAAGCUGCUUAACCCAACCACUGCAGACCUAAGGUUCGCAGAUUACCUAGUGAGGCACGUGACUGAGAACCGGGAUGACGUCUUCCUGGAUGGCACGGGCUGGGAGGGAGGUGACGAAUGGAUCCGAGCCCAGUUUGCAGUCUACAUCCAUGCACUGCUGGCUGCCACACUGCAGUUAGAUAAUGAAAAGAUACUAUCGGACUAUGGGACGACCUUUGUUACAGCAUGGAAGAAUACUCACAACUACAGGGUCUGGAACAGCAACAAGCAUCCAGCACUUGCAGAAAUAAAUCCGAACCAUCCUUUCCAAGGCCAGUACUCAGUGUCAGACAUGAAGUUAAGAUUCUCACAUUCUGUUCAAAACAGUGAACGGGGCAAAAAAAUUGGAAACGUCAUGGUCACAACGAGCCGGAACGUUGUACAAACAGGAAAAGCUGUUGGCCAGUCGGUCGGAGGAGCUUUUUCCAGUGCAAAGACAGCUAUGUCUUCAUGGCUUUCUACCUUCACCAGUUCCACUCCCCAGAGUCUCACUGAGCCGCCCGAUGGGAAGCCCUGAGGCAGCCGCCCAGAAGCUGCCGUCACUUUCUUAGGUUUAAGCGUUCCCUGUCUGUCUGCUGCUCCCAGACUGUUCUUCAUCAGCCGCAGGUCCACAGCAGGGGACCGAUACGUCACAUUGUUUACAUGGAUGGUUGCCCUCUGUCUAAGUAAAUGUCACGAGAUGCUGAAAAGAUGAGAUCGCAGCCGUAGCAGGGAUGGCUUCCCAGGUUGGAGUUUAAAUUGACUACUUUUAUUUCAGUCUGAGCCUGAUUAAAACACCCAGUGAACAUUCUAAUGAAUUUUGAGUUCCAAUGUUAAACGUUUAUUUACUUGAGAAGUUUUUUACUAAACGUAAAUUGUGUUGUUUUCCUGUUUAAAUAUCCAGAUGGUCGCUGUAAUUUAUAUGUGCUAAAAUUAAGUUAUAUUACUAUUUUGAUUUCUCUAAAAUGGUCCCUAAAAUGUGUUUACAAAGUUAUUAUUUUGCUGGAUUAUAUGAUGAUUUUUCUGCUUGUUGGUUUUCUACACACAAAAAAACGUUCAUCAAUUAACUUCUUCCUAGAAAUGUGAAAGUCAGAGGUGGUAGUUCUAAGGAUGCAGUGUUUUAAUUCAUUCUUUCCCAAUCCUAAGCACGUGCUUUGAGGUGCCAAGGAGUGUCACUAUGCUUUCUUGUUCUCCCUCAUUGUUCCAGUAAGUGUGCAAAGAAGGAACAUGGUGUCAGUUACACCUGUGCUCAAGCAGUUUAACACGAAUGUGUAUUUAGGGCACGAGACUUUUAAAGACCUAGGUGUCAGCUCUGUCAACACUAGUCACGUUGCAAUCUUUACACGCAUUUUUUAACCCAGAGUUUGUGCCUUCUAUUUCUUCUUUUGAACAGUUUUCCAUUGGGUGUUUACAGACUUAUAGGUCUUUUCUUAGCCACUCUUCAUAAAGCUUUUCAAGGCACUUGGCCUUCCUACUUCCCUGAUGGAAAAUCCCCUGUAAUCAGGCUCUACCCUCUUCUAAAGCUGUUUAUAAAAGAAAAGAUGAUCUGUACAUAUUAAAUAGAAAUCUCGUCUUAGCUCAUGUUUAGAAAAGCAAGAGGCAAGAGAAGAAAACUACAGCCGUGGCAUCAGUCUUGUUUCAUGAAUGUCACCCGGCCUCAUUUCAGACCCGCACGUGUGUGCUCGCUACUGGAGGCAUUUGCACAGCGGGACCUCGUGAGCUGCAGGCCCAGCUCUCCUUUGCUUUUCGAGGGGACUUUGAAUUGGUGUUCUCAGGGAGUACUUACAGGGGACAGAAUGCCUUUUCAGUGACAGAGGGUACUUUGAAAAUACAUUGUGAAUAUAAUCUACAUGUGAUUUAAGAGUAUUGAGAAAAUAAGGGGCCUAAUUAGGGGAGGUGCUUGAUUAUAUUUGAUUUAUCCUUUAAGAAAUAUUUUGUAUAAGCACUACUAGGGCAUGUGAAAUGAACAUAGGGACAUAAUCUAAAUAUCCCUAAAAAUUUUACAAUUUGUGUUUUAACACAAGUCUUGCAAUUCUAAAAGCAUACUUCCCUUUGAGUAUAAUCUCAAGAAUUCAUUGACAAUAAAGGGCUUAUUGGAGAACUCCAUUAAUUCCACUUCUGCUAGGAAAGUUAACUUUCUCAGGAAAUAUUAUUUAAAGAGAAAGAAGUAGUACUAAGCAAAACUUUAAAGGGUACUUUAAUCAGUGUUGCACUGAGACUAACAUCUCGUCAUUUCAUGAGGCCACAUCAUUAGAUAGAGUGUGAUAGUGUAUAGUGUGCAAUUGUCCACCGCCAGGUGUCCCCGGUGCUAAGAGCACCGUGAGGGGUCAGCCUUCAGUUUGUAUGGCUUGUGUGCCUGGGGUCAGCUCUCAUCUCUCACUAAUCAAAGCAGUCCACUCCAUUUUGGAAUCCACUUUGGAAUGUCACUGAAAUAAAAAUAGUUGUAUAUGAAAUUUAAUUUUGCUUCAGUAUCACUUGUUCCCUGUUUUAAUAUACACUUUAAUUGAAUUUUCUAUUAAUGUUUCCAGCUCAACUCUUGGUCAUUUAACUGGCUUUCAACAUAAAAUGAGUAUCUCAGAAGAUAGAACUUUUUUCAUAGAAAUGGUCAAAAGACCAUAACUGUAUUUCCUUCAGGUUCUGGGAGGUAUGGGCGUCUUCAGGGAGGUCCAGCUAUUAUGUUGUUGGCAGGGGCCCAGGGCAGCCAGCACAGAUGAGGGCAGAAAGUCUGGCCUCUAGUCCUGGGAACCUACGUGCUUCAGGUUUGGGUUCCGGGCUCCAGUGCAGAGGCUGGACCAGAAGCACUGGGCUCCUCCCGUCACUGGCUCUGUGAGCCAUUGCGGCCAACGCUGGUGGGGCCGUCUUCGGGCAGUGAAGGUGUGUGCUGUGGUUGGCCACGCUGGCUCCAGUGCUUUUGUCUGCGAACUGAGUGUGUACAACUGAGGGAGCUGGGGUCAGCCAGGCUUCUUCAGAGUGUGCCAGGCACACAGACUGAAUCCCCAGCUUGAUGGAGACCUUGCUGCUGUCCAGGUGACUUAAAAAUAGUGUUUGGAAAAAGUUGCUGGUGUGCUUUGAUUCCUACUAGACACUAUGAUGAUGAUGACAUAGGUAAAGGAAAGAGGGUUAAAGCUAGCCCAGGUGUCCAGGGCUAGGUGAAUAGAAAAAGUUGCAUGUCAAACUAUGGCUUAGAGUUAAUUUUGCAUCUCCAUUUGGCUCACAUAACCAAUAUGAAUAGUGUGUCCCCAAAACUACUAGUGAUUUACCAGCCCCCUGACAUAAUUCUCUUCUACUUUUUGCUGUAAGAAACACAGCAGCAGUAUCUUUGGGCAGCAAAUCAGAGCAUAUGAUGUGAUUUCCUCAACCUUGCUUUUCAUAUUAAGUGUUGAAUUUUUUUUUUUAGUAAUUUACCUGGAAAGGCAGGGAGAAAGCAAGUAAAGAAGAGAGAGAAUUGAGAAGUUAUUAUGCAACUGAGAGACAAGGUCCUUAACAUCUGGAUGCAUGUAUUUGAAGAGCAAUAUUAAGUAUGCUAAAGGUUGUAAGAAUUCUUCUACAAAGAAGUUAGACUUUUAAUCUGCUAGUUACAAGUUUUAAAAUGAAGCUAUACCUUUAUCUCCCUGGCAGGCAGGGGUUUGUUUUGUUUUGUUUUGUUUUGUUUUGUUUUGUUUUGUGGAAGUUCCGGCCAGUGGUCCUUUUCCCUCAGGCUCGGUGAUGAGUUUGGGGGCGCUUAGCCCAGGAAGGGGCCGUGGACUGAUCCUGCGCCCCUUGAACUUUCAUCUGCUUCAGCAGUUUGGGAAAGUAGCUCAUUAGGAUGUUGGCCACUAAACAUUGCCUGUUUUGUUUGUUUUCCCUCAAUUUUUGAUUGUGGUAAAAUAUACAUAGCAUGAAAUGUGCUGUUUUAACCAUUUUCAAGUGUGCACUUAAGUGGUAUGAAGUGCGUUCUUAUGUGCAACUAUCACCGCCAUCCAUCUCCAGAACUGUUCUCAUCUUACAAAACUGGUUGGAGAGGCUGGGACUCUUGAGAUGACAUUUGCAUGCUCUGACUGACUGGAAGUGGCCUGGCAUUCAUGGCCUUCCCACCCAGUUCCGUGCCAGCCUCUGAACGCGAUGGGGAACGCAGCCCUCGUUUCUAGAAGGAGAUUGUCAUUCCACGUAGCACAGUGUGCCACUAGGGGUUUUUUCAUUCCAAGUCUUUGGACCUCAUAGCAUUGGAAUUGUUUUUUAAAUAAUUUCCAACAUUCCAUAAAUAUUUGUCAAGGACAAAGAAAAGGAAUGUGGAUCUUUAUUCUUCUCAUAUAAAUAACUUUGUACACAUGACUUCCUGCUUUCGUGUGGAGAAGAAACUAGCUCCCUUGUAUGGCAGCUGCAAAAUCAGAAGGCUGUGCACGUUAUUAUAAGGGGUUGAAUAUAUUUUGUAAAACUCUAAUGCAUUUGUAUUUCUGUGCUGUUCUAAAGAUUACCUUUUUACUUAUAUUAAAGAUAUGGAAACUAUAUAUUUAAAUCAUGUAAAUGGGACACAGUGUAGGGAUUUUCCUCAAUCUUAUUUUCCAUCAGCUUCUCACACACACACACAAGUAUGCUGCUCAAAUUUUUUUGUGUGCAAUAUAAACAUUUGAACAUUUCAGUCAAGUACUGAGCCAGAAAGGGUAAUUGAAGUUUUUAGAAAACGUAUGUGCUUAGAAAAUACUUUGUUUUCUUGAAAUACUAAUAAUUUUUAGCUGGAAAAAUAGGACUAAGACUUAAGUGUCUCAGGCCACUUGGUCACUGGUUCCUAAAUUUAGGAAGCAUUUGAUUAACAAGCUGGUGGAGGCAUUUAGUUGUUAUAGAAAUAGUUUAAGUACUUGAGAUUAAAGGCUUUUCACAAAACCUUUCUAAGAAAGUUUAGCUUAGAAAUCUUAGAAAGUUUUCUAAGGAAGGUUAGCUGUGGCACACGUGAUCGGAAACGCAGUUUCUCUUUGCUCUUGUAGUUUGAUGAUUUGUACUAGUUCUUUGUUUCCGUUGUCAUUUGUUUUUUAAAAAUGUUAAAAUUAUAAAUCACGUCUAAUACUGAAUUGUAAAACUUCUACUGUAUCUUUAUUUUAAGGAAAAAUGAGAAUAAAAUUAUCCGAUUUGUCCUGCA